AUGAAUUCAAAUCCGCACUUCGACCCGGCCACUAUGAUGGGUUUGGCCGGCGCCUCGCCCGGACGAACAGAAGACAGCUUCGAUAUCUUCGAAUGGUACCCGCGUUACCAGAGCUGCCAAAGCUAUUUCCUGGAUCACGCCCAACACAGUGUUCCCGUGCAAGCGCUGUCCGCUUUCCUCAAUAUCCGCCUCCCCUUCCAGCGACAGCCCAACCCAGUCUUCAACUCUUCAUCAUCAUCCGCUUCCUCUUCCGGUGGCCAGACGCCUACAGCAGGAACACCACCGGCCGGCCCGCCGUCCGUUUCAUUGAUCCCCUACAUUCGACGCCUGGUGGCUACAGGAAUGGAUUUCCCGGGGGUCCUUCAUGGAUUUUUUGGUGACAAUUGGAGCAGCGGAGUUGGCCCGCUGCAUGAACAAGAGCGCCGCAAUUAUCUUUUCGCAGCGAAGAGUGGAGGAUGGGCCUCUGUCAAGAAGGACUACGACAUCCCACCGCUGGAGACGAUCCCGUUUUUGCGCCCGCUUCAAGGACCCCUAGACGCUGAGAUCGAGGCAGCAGAGCGCAGCUGGAGCGAAUGGCUCGCCAUGGAGGACUGGAUGGUUGGGCCCCGAGCCCCAGAUAUCCUCCAAGACUCGUCUUCGCAGAACUCGCGCCCGCGGAGUGCGCGUGGAUGA